UCAUGUUCGUGUUAGAAGCCGUCGGCGGCGCGCUAGCGCUCGUGGACGUGGCCACAAAGGCCGAGCUGCCUUUUGACGAAUAUGUGGUGGUGGCUGGACGCAUGCAGAGCUCUCGUCAGCUUACGUGUCUCGGCGGACGUGUUAAGCGUGACGGGAAGCGCCGUCUUCUGGUGGUGCCGUUGGCUCAAGCUCAAGAGACUCACACUCCUAGUGUACAAGUGCUUGAUGUGGGCGAAGUGGCUGUGAAUUUCUUGCAAGGAGUAAGAGCCUGCUUUCCGACACUAGUGAAGAAAAAUCCCAUGGCAUUGGCCACGGAUGACAGCGACUCGGAUUCCGAAGACGAGGAAAAACACAAGAAGCAGAAGCACGAAAAUGAUUCGGCUGAGGCUACAAAAGCUGAACGGAUAAUGGCGGAGGCAGUGGAAUACAUGAGCCAGAUACGAGUUAAGGUGCUUGCGACAUUGGACGAUCUUUUUAGCGCGUUCCAGAUUGCAGACCCUACCAACGUGCAGACAUCGCUGCGCGAUGACCCGUCGGUGCCCAAGAAUUGUCAGUUAUUGUGCAUGGAUUGCCCUCCUCUCGGUACUGUGGGUGGUGGUGAACAUGCAGCACCGUCACACUCGUUUUCGCUUUCAACAUCACAACCAGAGCCGUUUAAUUUCGGCAUCUUAUUUUCUGAAAUUGCGACAAGCAAGGAGAAGGAGCAGUUCCUGCAUAUUCCAGUGCCGCGAUCGCCACCGCUACCUGCACCAGGAGCUCAAAGUGAAGAUUACGUUCAAGAAAGUUUCCAAGACGCAACCAUACUGACGUUCGGAGCCAAGCGCGAGUCUACAGCGCAUGGCGGCGGCAAGACUUGCGAAGAAAUGGUGAAGAACAUCCGCCUACGUCAUGCGUCAGGCACAUUUUGUACACUUGUGCUUCCAACCAAGACUUGGGAUCAAGUGGCUGACGAACACAAGGCGUUUCUCCCUCAGAUUUGCGAGCUACGAGGCGAGUUACGUCUGCGUCGUCUGAUGGGCAAUGCUCCGUGUGGUGUCCCAAUCGAGUUGUUGCUUGAAAGCUAACAGAUAAUCCGCCGCAUCCGUAAAGGGCCUGCAACGCUACGUAGCAUAAAGAGAUAAAAAAGAUAGGCUACUUUUGAACAUGCUUGGUGUGCUGUGCGAAU